UGGGAGCCUUGUCUCAGGGGGUCAGUGGGGACUGCCGUAUGAGAAAACUGAGUGCAUGCAAAAGGCCGUUAGGCUACCUUACUCUCUUUCACGCACAUGAACACCAGUUGUUCACAUGAGAUCGCAUUAGGAUACAGUAUAAUGCCUAGGCGGAUGCUGUCAUCGUUUCACAUCACCGCCUACUCCGCCGAGAUAUACCAUCUGUGAAUCCCAUCUAAGGAAGUGCUUCCUUAUUAGCUUCUUUUGGGCACCGCAGCAAUGCCCGUCACUGUCGUGGUAAAGAUGCUGCGCUUGGCAGCCUUGGCGGGCUUGCUGUUUUCCGGGCCGGUGCUGGCCCACGGGGGGCUAUCCAACUACACAGUAGGCGAGACGUGGUACCGAGGGUAUGACCCCGACACGCCUGCCGAGAACCAGCUUGGGCAGCCAUGGAUGGUGCAGCGGCAGUGGGCCAGCAUCGACCCCAUCUUCAGCGUCGAUGAUAAGAGCAUAGCCUGCAACAAUCCGGGCACGGCGCCGCCCUCGUACAUUCCCAUCCGUGCGGGUGACAACAUCACGGCCGUGUACUGGUACUGGCUGCACCCCGUGGGGCCCAUGACGGCGUGGCUGGCGCGGUGCGAGACAGAUUGUUCCGAUGUCGAUGUGAACGCUGUCGGCUGGUUUAAGAUCUGGGAGGCCGGCCUGCUGUCCGGACCCAACCUGGCUGAGGGCAUGUGGUACCAGAAACAGUUCCAGCGCUGGGACGGUAGCCCGGCCUUGUGGCCCGUCACGAUCCCAGCGACGCUCCGGCCGGGCCUGUACAUGAUUCGCCACGAGAUCCUGUCGAUUCAUAUCGACAACAGGCCGCAGUUUUAUCCGGAAUGUGCUCAUCUGAACAUCACGGGCGACGGGGACGCGUUUCCGCCGGCGGAGUAUCUGUUGAGGUUUCCCGGCGCGUACGAUAAGGAUGAUCCCUCAAUCAAGAUUGAUAUAUACUCGGAGGAAAACAUGCACACGACAAAUUAUACCAUUCCAGGAGGCCCAAUAUGGGACGGGUUCGGCGUUGUUGAUAAGUACUGCCUAGGAUGCUGAAUCCCUAACUACUACCGGUAGUAGUAACGGUGACGUCUUGUAAAAUACCUAAUGUCCGUGAUACGCACCUGCAAUGAUAGGUGAUAAGAAAUAGGCAUCUGAAGUGAGCCCUGCAUCACCACUAAACCCCCCCAACCAUCAAAGUUGCU